GACACUGACGUUUUUUAAGAUUACUGAAAGAUUUGCUGAGGCUGGUAUUUUACGAUGAGCCCUCAUCAAGCAGGUUUCGGUUUGGUAUCAGAUAUGCAGGACUGACCAACUGCUGUCCGGUUCAUAAAAGAAACCCUUUGCCAGUUUUCUGACAUCUUACAAACAAAUGUCAGAGAAGAUGAAGCCCUGUGGCUCGUCUGUGUGGACUGCAGUACAGGAGAUGAACUCUGCUGUCCUUGUGUCAGGAAACGGUUAAUAAAUGACGUCACGGAGGUGAAUUGUGUAUUCAUGCCUUGGCCUCUGCUGUCUGUAGCAUGUAGUGACGUCACUCUGCAUCACAGUGGGAGAGGAGCUGAUGCUGAGGAGGAAAUAUAGGACAACAGGAGGAGGACGUGAGGUCUGCAGUCUCCACAGAGCUGAGCCGCACCGUCUCAAACGUCAGCAGUUAGAGACCUCAGAGAGGAUUUGACAGCAGAGGACAAACACAAAGGAAGGUCAUUCAGAGACGGAUCCGGACCCUGCAGACCGGCACCACAGCCACACAGUAACUCCAGUUCUGCAUCUGUGAGAAUUUCUCAUCUCUGCUAACUUUACACCUCUGAUCCACACAUUUAUCUGAUCAGGUAUUUUGCUCAUUCAGAUCAAUAAUACAAAAUAUAAUCAAGAAAUGAUUUGGAAUAAAUCACGAUUGAUUAUAUCAAACUAUUGAUCCCAUGUUGAAACGAGCUCCAUCUUCACCGGCUGUGAUGAACACGUUACUGCAGUGGUCUACCAGGGGUUACGCUCACAUUCUGCUCUGCGGUGUGUUGACGCUCGUACUGCAGUAUUUCUACACUGCAGUAUCAGUACUUCCUCUGAAGUAAAUUAUCUGAGUACUCCUGGCUUAAAAGGACAUUUUGACUUAUGUUAUUUUUUUUACAGUGGCAGGAAGUGGAGAAGCAUCAGUGGCUCAAACUGGCAUACUGGGCCAGUAGGUGGCGCUAAAGUCUACAUUAGCAAUGCAUCAAACACCAGAGAAGAGCAACUUAUUAAAUACGAUGAUCCAAACCCAAAGAAAGCCUGUAAUUAGACGUGCUGACUAACCUGCCGUCCACCUCCGCUUGACUUCAGCUCAUUCCAGAAAACAGCGAGGGCUUGAUGAUGUCAUCGUUUCUCAGACGCUUUGUUUCACUUCAAAGUUUUAAAAAAUCUUUGUUUCAGUGAAUUAAAAUGUGCUUGAAAGUGCCAGAGUAGUACAGUAAUGUUAGAAAAUAUCUGGUUCUGAGGGACAGAACUACGCCUCCCAAGGUGCACUUCACCCCCAAACAUCCAAUCACAGAGCUUCACGGUUGGUCACAUGGGCUCCACUAAUGCUCGUCACAAGCCGACAAAACCUUCACAGCAUUUUGAAUGUGUUCACCAUCAGAUUCUGUCUUGUCUCCAUAGCAACAGCAGCUGAGGCUCAGGGGUAAUGCAGUCCAAGUCCUCCAGCAGGAUGAAGGGACCGCAGUGGCUCGGUGUGACCGGAGCGUGAGGAGCCUCCCCGGGCUCCGUGUGCCUCGUCCUCUGAUCCUCCUUCUCUGUGCAGCGUCUCUCCUCCGUCAGCUGAAGACAUGGAUGGACUCCGCCUGCCGCCCGUCAUAGAGGAGGUCCUGGAUGCGUCCGACGAGCUCUGUGAGCUGAAGGCGGAGAAGCCGCUCAUGUUGGCAGAAACUCUGACCGCCAAAGAGAGGGAGUCCCUGGAGGAGAAGGAGGAGACGGUGGGAGAUGGAGAGAAAGGCCAGCAGGAGGAGGAGAAGGAGGUGACAGAGGAAAAGGAGGAGGAAGAGCGAGGAGGGAAGGAUGAAGAGGAGCUGGAGGAGCUGAGAGCUCAGGUGGUGCAGCUGCUGCUGGAGCUGGAGGAGACCAGGGAGGUUUCCCAGAGACACGAGGAGAGUUUCCUGGAGCUACAGGGUCUGUUAGAAGACGAGCGCCUGGCCAGUGCCCAUCAGGCAGAGAGCUUCACCAGACAGAUCCAGAGACUGCAAGCUCAGCUCCGGUCAGUCCAGGAGGAGAUGGACAGUCUGGAGGAGGAGAAGCAGAGCGAGUUGGAGGAGGCGCAGGAGGAGCUUCGCUCGGCUCAGGAGGAGGUGCUGUUGCUGCAGCAGGCCGCUGAGGAGGCGGCAGCGGAGAGGGAGAACGACAUCGCCUCCCUGCAGGAGGAGCUGUGUCGGCUGAGGGCGGAGCUGCAGCGACUCCACGUCACGGCGCAGGAGUACGAGCUGGAGAUCACAACGCUGAGGGCCGAGAUCAGCAUGAAGAGCCAAAGCACAGACGCUCAGGGCCACGGUGACGUGAGUCAGCUGAAGGAGGAGAUCGUCUCUCUGACGGACCAACGACAGACUCUGACCAGCGACAACAAAGAGCUGAGCAACAAAGUGGAGCAACUGCAGCUGCAACGAGACGCGGUCCUGCUGAGCAGGUGUGAUGAUGUGUACCUGGCAGUCAGAGUGGAGGGCGACGUAGAGCACGAGCGGGACGACCAGCUGAAGGCCGGCUCUUACAUCACCCUGUCUCAGUCCGGUCCUGAACACCAGGAGAGCCAUCCGGAGGAUCCGGACUCCUCAUCAGUCCAGGAGAAGGUCUGCAGCUUGGGGCUCAACGUCCUGAAGGUCCAGCUGAGACAAGCUGAGGAUGCGGCUCACAAAGUCCAGAGAGAGUGCGACGGUCUGAAGGUUGAACUGAUGGAGCUGCAGCAGCUGUACGACAGCAGCCAGCGGGAGCGAGAGGCGCUCGAGCAGGAGCUGCGGUGCUGCAAGGCCGAGCUCCAGAAACUGGUGGGCAGGAAGUCACAGAACUGCACUCGUCCGUCAGAGCCCCCUGUUCUCUCCAUCCCCUUCAUAGGAAUGAUUGUAAUAGUGGCCUUGAUUUGGUGCUGGUGGGAGGAGCUGGCAUCCUAGAGGGCACCAGGUAUGGCCUCACCCUUCUUUCUCGACCAGACGUUCUGCUUCCUUUGUCAUCCGAGAGUGUCUGAAUGGUGGGGUUGAGUCCGAGCUAACUGCCCCGAUGAACACUGGUUGUUUCUGUUCUGUAUGGCACAAGUAUGACUGAUUUCUCUGUACAAUCUGUGGCGUAAAAGUUCCACCUCGUCCUAUGAAGGACGUGUGGUCCAACCAACAGGUUCAAAGUGUUUCUUGUGCUGCUACGUGACAUCUGAGCUGUAGUCAGAAGAAAUGAAGAGAGCUGAGGGAGAACUUCAGGCUCCACCCACUUUAACGUGUCCUUGCAGCUGACCAAUCACAGCAGGCAGUGAGUGAUGUCAGAUUGUUUUGGAAAGUUCCAGAGGACACUGGCAAGUACAUUGAGGCAGAUUGAGGCCUUCCUCCACAGACCAUCUGAUAAUUUGAUGUGGGAAAAUCAGGAUCCCCACUCUGGACGGGAGCCUUUGUCCCAAAGCUGAUUUUUCCCCCUCAUCCUUUGUCUUGUUUCUCUGGUUCAAGAAUUCAUUAAGAACUUUUUGCAUGCAGAUUGAAAAGGCUCAUUAACCACAUUUAAACGUAUCAGUGUUCAGUGUUUGGCAGCACCUGAGGUUUGUCGUUUGGUCUGAAAACACAUUAAAGGUGCCCUUGAAUCCACUCCUGUUCCUCACUGAAAACCCCCGUAGAGCUGGUUUUUAGAGGAAUUUAAAACCUGAAUUGUUUUGCUGUCUGACUGACUGUUGCUGCCUCCACCAGACAGAGUUUUGUCACUGACAACACUGUUCAGCACUGUAAAACUGUACAGGGCGCCGCUAAAAGACAUGAACCAAGGACAGCAGGGGUAGAAUCACACGAGGUCCUCAGGUCGUCCCCCUCCACUCUGAUUUGAGGCGAGCGUGCUGACCGUGUUAAUGGAGGAGUGAGGAGCGAGGCUGGCGGCUGGGACUCCGUCAGGACUGCUGCUGUGGUGACCGAGCGAAGGGCUCGGCGUGCAGUCUGAACUUGACUGGCGAGUGGAGGCAAACAACCAUGAGUUCAUGACGAAAGCUUUCAGUUUUGCUGCUGAUUUGCCGCCCACAUGGAAACUUGGUGGAUUUCCGUGUACGAGCAGAUUCGGGUGACGUCCGAGCUGAUCUGCGCGUCAUCGUCAGCAGCUGACCACAUUACAGAGUGACGCUGAAGGCUGGAACCUGGCGGUGGCAGCGGUUGCCGUGGCAGCUAUUGUAGUUCUGGUUGUCCCCAGCUUCAUCAGGGCCUGAGGACCUCACAGGAAGUGACCUCGCUAGAAAGUGUGGGACUGUUGGAUUACUGUCACCCUCAUACAUGUUGCUGUCCUGACGCUGCUGAGACAUCCACACCCGAACGCCACAGACGUCAGCGAGUCCUGCAGGGGAAAGCGAUAAAAUGUACAAAGUGGUCCAUAAAGACUCUUCCUGCAGGAGGUCAGUCGGUCAAUUUCUCGAUCAGCUGUGGCUUUUUCGAGCAUCCACCAUCAUGAACAGUUUGACUGGAAGUCGUCAUUUUGCAUGUUUUUAAAAGUUUUAAAAUAACCAGAGGCGGAUCAUCAGAAACUGCUUGAGGCUUGUGCUGAUGAGGAGGCUGCGUCUGCAGACAGGCAGGAGUACUUUGAAGCAGUAAUACCACAGUGUAAAAAUACUCAGUUUAAAGUAAAGGUCUUACAUUCAAAAAUAUUACUUUAGUAAAAGUACACAAGUACGCAAAAUGCACUUAAUGUAUCAGAAGAAAAGCCACAGAGUGUCAUAUUAGUACAAAUAUCAUAUUUUUGAAUGGAAUAAAAAAUUGUCAAAUUUUAUUUAUUGACAUAUGUUUUGUAUGUAAGAACUAAACAUGUAAACUAACAAGUAACUUCAUAAAUAAUAAGUAAAUACAUUUGGUGGAGUAAACCGUAGAAUAUUUCCCUUCAAAUGUGUUGGAGUAGAAGUAGCACAGAAAAGUAAAGUAUAAGUACCUCCCGGUUGUAUGAUUGUACUUCUUGAGUAAAUGUACAUCAAAAACCACA